AUGACUCAAAGUCAGGAUCAGAAUCGAGAUGAACCGCCGUUGUUGGUGCAAUUGGAUGGGAAAUUGUUUGAUAUUGCAAAGUUCGCCAAGAAGCACCCGGGAGGGGAAAAGGUUUUGCGAAAACUAGCCGGUGGGGACAUUGGUGGCUACUUCCGUGGGGAAAAAAGAGUGAUGGGAGUGAGGCACGAACACUCGAAAGCCGCGUAUUCGAUGCUAGAACGAUACGAUGUGGAACAUUUGCAAAAGGAUGAUCCCUAUUUGGAUGACAAGAAAGGUGUGCUUGGUAGAAUCGGUUUAUUGGGUGCCGACUAUUGGACAUGGAUACAUCAACCAUUUGAGGGAACAAUUCGACUUUUCGAUUCGGAUUUCCUCGAGAGUUUAACGAGAACCUCUUGGUGGGUGGUGCCGCUUGUUUGGAUGCCGUUUGUCGUUCUUUUCACUCUCGCUGGCCUCUACGAUCUACAUGGGAAAUAUGGAUUGGUGACUUCUGCAGGGAUUUGGGCUUUCUUGUUUGCGGGUGGAGUGUUGAUGUGGACGUUGGUUGAAUAUCUCUUGCAUCGUUUCGUCUUUCAUUGGCAUCCGAACACCGAAUCGAAGACACAAAUCGUUUUGCAUUUCUUGAUUCACGGGCUUCAUCACAAAACUCCAAUGGACGGCGAUCGUUUGGUUUUCCCACCAGUGCCCGCUCUUCUCAUCAUUUUGGUCUUUGCCAGCAUUUAUAUCUCGAUUUUGCCUUGGGCUGUUUUCUGUUGUUUCGGUGCGGGCAAACUCUGUGGAUACAUUCUUUAUGAUUGUACUCACUAUUAUCUUCACCAUGGUUCACCUCGUCCACAAACGAAUAUGCACUACAAGAAAGUUUACCACCAUAAUCACCAUUUUAAGGAUUAUGACGUUGCAUUUGGAAUCUCGACUCAAAUCUGGGACCACGUCUUUGAGACUGUUGGAUUGGGCCCAUUA